CUUCACCUCACAUCAUCCCCAAUCCCUCCACCAUCACAGCAGCCAUGGCUGAAGCAACACCCCCAACUGAAACAGUAACCCCUCCUACGGAGGAGGUCGUCGAAGACCAACAACAACCCCAACAACAACAACAACAACAACAAGAAACCGAAACGACAGAAGAAAGCACCGCCCUAACAACCACCGCCGACGGCACCAUCGAACCUACAAAGAAGACCAAAAAGAUAAUCCGACGCAAGCGCCGCCCAGCACGCCCCCAAGUCGACCCAGCAACAAUCAAAUCGGAGCCCCCACCGCAAGUCGGCACGAUCUUCAACAUCUGGUACAACAAAUGGAGCGGCGGCGACCGCGAGAACUCCUACCUAAGCAAGACAGCCGCACCAUCACGAUGCAACAUCGCGCGCGACAGCGGCUACACACGGGCCGAUAAAGUCCCGGGGUCAUACUUCUGCCUAUUCUUCGCGCGGGGGAUAUGUCCGCGCGGCGCAGAGUGCGAGUACCUGCACCGUUUACCAACACUGCACGAUAUAUUCAAUCCGAACGUGGAUUGCUUUGGACGAGACAAGUUCAGUGAUUACCGGGAUGAUAUGGGCGGUGUAGGGUCGUUCAUGAGACAGAAUCGCACGUUGUAUGUGGGACGGAUCCAUGUGACGGAUUCGAUUGAGGAGGUGGUGGCGAGGAAUUUCCAGGAAUGGGGACAGAUUGAUCGGAUUCGGGUGCUCACGUCUCGGGGUGUUGCGUUCGUGACGUAUACGAAUGAGGCGAAUGCGCAGUUUGCGAAGGAGGCCAUGGCGCAUCAGAGUUUGGAUCAUAAUGAGAUUUUGAAUGUGAGGUGGGCUACGGUCGAUCCGAACCCGUUGGCGCAGAAGAGGGAGGCGAGACGAUUGGAGGAGCAGGCUGCUGAGGCGGUUAGGAGGGCCUUGCCGGCGGAGUUUGUGGCUGAGUUGGAGGGUAGGGAUCCGGAGGCCAAGAAGAGGAAGAAGAUUGAGGGGAGUUACGGGUUGCAGGGGUAUGAGCCGCCGGAUGAGGUGUGGUUCUCGCGCGCGAAGGAGCUGGAGGAUGCGAAUGCGAUUGCACAGUUGGAGGCUCCGGAGCAGCCGCUGAUGAUUGAGGGUGCGUCGGAGACUGCUGCUGGUGGUGCUGCUGCUCCGCAGGAGGAACAGGCCGGUGGGAUCUUCUCCAGCUCUGCUGUUGCGGCGCUGAAGGGCCUGGCUGGGGGUAGUGUUACGACACAGCAAGCGCCUAAAGCUGCUGGACCUCUGGUGGCGUACGGGAGUGACGAUGAUAGCGAGUAAUUUGGUUGAUAUUAAUUGCAUGCAUUCUUACGUGUACUAUAGCAGAGAUACCUGAAAAUGUGUUUGACUUGACUGGUCUUCAUUUCAUCGUUUGGAUUCUAUGGAAUGGCUAAUUUCAACGCUUGUUUGCAUGGCAUAAUUGU